AAAUAAAAUAGAAAGAGAGAGGGAGAGAGAGAGAGAGAGAUGACGACUGAGAGCCAGGUCAUGGAUUGCAAAUCAAUUAAAUAUGGCGUCUUCAAAUAACUCGUAUAGUUAUCGGGUAUGAUAUCUCAUUUUUUUACGUUUAAUUAACGGCACAAUCAAAAGUAGCAAUUUAAAGCCAUUGUUUCGGUACGGUCUAACGAAUAAUUAAAAAGUUUUUUUAUUUUUUCGCAUCGGGAGUUGUUUUCUCCGAAAAAGGCCGUGAGUUGUGCUCGAGCGGCAGACAAAGACACUUGAACAUCCAAAAUUAAAUGUAUUAAAUAAAUUAACAUUGAUAAUUUUUAUUAAUAAGACAAAAUGCAAGCACCACAACAGCCUCAGCAGGGACAUCAGAUUGCAGGUGCCAGUGUUAUAUUAAAAAUGAAUGAAAUUCAGCAACUUUCUACAGUCGGGCUCUUGGAGUUGGCGCAUCGUGAAUACCAGUCCGGAGAUUAUGAAAACGCCGAGAGACAUUGCAUGCAGUUAUGGCGACAAGAAACAAACAAUACUGGUGUUUUAUUACUGUUAUCAUCCAUACACUUCCAAUGUCGGCGCCUAGAAAAAUCUGCACACUACAGCAGUCUUGCCAUAAAGCAAAACCCACUGUUAGCAGAAGCUUACAGUAACUUGGGAAACGUCUACAAGGAGCGAGGACAGCUCCAAGAAGCUCUGGAAAAUUACAGACAUGCAGUCAGACUAAAGCCGGAUUUCAUUGACGGGUAUAUAAAUUUGGCUGCGGCGCUAGUCGCUGCCGGAGAUAUGGAGCAAGCUGUUCAAGCUUAUGUUACUGCUUUGCAAUACAAUCCAGAUCUGUACUGUGUUCGCAGUGAUCUCGGUAAUCUUUUGAAAGCAUUAGCAAGACUUGAUGAAGCCAAGGCUUGUUACCUGAAAGCUAUUGAGACUCGUCCGGAUUUUGCCGUCGCCUGGAGCAAUCUAGGCUGUGUUUUCAAUGCACAAGGUGAAAUAUGGCUGGCGAUUCAUCACUUUGAAAAAGCUGUUGCGUUAGAUCCUAAUUUUCUCGAUGCCUAUAUUAAUCUUGGAAAUGUCCUCAAAGAAGCCAGAAUUUUUGAUCGAGCUGUUGCUGCAUAUCUGAGAGCGCUGAAUCUAAGCCCCAACAAUGCUGUUGUCCAUGGAAAUCUCGCUUGUGUUUAUUAUGAACAAGGGCUCAUUGAUCUUGCGAUUGAUACUUACCGCCGAGCAAUUGAGCUCCAACCAAAUUUCCCGGAUGCCUACUGUAAUCUUGCAAACGCCCUCAAGGAGAAAGGUCAAGUGGUUGAAGCGGAAGAAUGUUACAACACAGCCCUGCGCUUGUGUCCCACCCAUGCAGAUUCCCUUAAUAAUCUGGCCAACAUAAAGCGCGAGCAAGGGUACAUAGAAGAAGCGACCCGCCUGUACUUGAAAGCCCUGGAAGUAUUUCCAGAAUUCGCAGCAGCGCACAGCAACCUAGCCUCAGUCCUUCAGCAACAAGGAAAACUAAACGAAGCGCUAAUGCAUUACAAAGAAGCGAUUCGAAUUCAACCAACCUUCGCAGAUGCAUACUCCAACAUGGGUAACACCCUGAAAGAAAUGCAAGACAUCCAAGGCGCACUACAAUGCUACACCCGAGCGAUCCAGAUCAACCCAGCCUUCGCUGACGCACACUCUAACCUCGCUUCUAUCCACAAAGACUCCGGGAACAUCCCCGAGGCGAUCCAGUCCUACCGGACUGCUCUCAAACUAAAACCCGACUUCCCCGACGCGUACUGCAACCUCGCGCAUUGUCUCCAGAUCGCCUGCGACUGGACAGACUACGAAGCCCGCAUGAAGAAGCUGGUCUCAAUAGUCGCCGAGCAGCUGGACAAGAAUCGGCUGCCCAGUGUCCAUCCUCACCAUUCCAUGCUCUACCCGCUGUCCCACGAGUUCCGCAAGGCCAUAGCGGCUCGCCACGCGAACCUCUGUAUCGAGAAGAUCCACGUGCUCCACAAGCAGCCCUACAAGUAUCCCCGGGAAGCUGGAAUCAGGCUCAAAAUCGGGUAUGUGUCUUCCGACUUUGGGAACCAUCCUACUAGCCAUCUAAUGCAGUCCAUCCCGGGGCUCCACGAGAAGUCUAACGUUGAAAUCUUCUGCUACGCGCUCAGCACUGAUGAUGGAACCAACUUCAGGUCUAAGAUUGCCCGAGAAGCAGAGCACUUUAUUGAUUUGUCGCAAAUUCCUUGCAAUGGCAAAGCUGCUGAUAAGAUUAACAACGACGGGAUUCAUAUUUUGGUUAAUAUGAACGGAUACACCAAAGGAGCGAGGAAUGAAAUUUUUGCUCUUCGUCCAGCUCCGAUUCAGGUGAUGUGGCUGGGCUACCCCGGGACUUCAGGGGCCAGUUUCAUGGAUUAUCUUAUCACUGAUGAAAUCACCUCUCCGGUGGAGCUAGCCAGUCAGUACAGCGAGAAGCUGGCUUACAUGCCACACACUUAUUUCAUUGGAGAUCACAAGCAGAUGUUCCCGCAUUUAAAAGAAAGGUUGAUUUUAACCGACAAGCUUAAUAUGAAGGGCAAGCUUGCUGAUAAUGUCGCGGUGAUUAACGCCACUGACUUGUCCCCGAUGAUUGAGAACACUAUGGUAAAGGAGAUCCGCGAGAUAGUAGUCGCUGAUGCUAAAGCAAAGCCAGUGGAAAUUUCUAUGAAGAUCGCUGAGUUGCCUACGACGACUCCUAUUGAGACCAUGAUCGCUUCUGGGCAGUGUCAGAUGUCUGUUAAUGGAGUUGUGGUCCAGAAUGGCAUGGCGCCUACUCCGGUUAAUACCAAAACUGCUACAGGUGAAGAGGUCCCGCAGAAUAUUGUGAUUACUACGAGACAGCAGUACGGACUUCCUGAAGAUGCGGUUGUUUAUUGCAACUUUAAUCAGCUUUAUAAAAUUGAUCCGCUUACUUUGCAUAUGUGGGCGUAUAUUCUGAAACACGUGCCUAACUCGGUGCUGUGGUUGCUGAGGUUUCCUGCGGUGGGAGAGCCUAAUUUGCAAGCUACUGCUCAGCAACUGGGACUAGCUCCUGGUAGGAUCUUGUUUAGUAAUGUGGCGGCUAAGGAGGAACAUGUGAGGCGUGGGCAGCUGGCUGAUGUUUGUUUGGAUACUCCGUUGUGCAAUGGGCAUACUACGAGUAUGGAUGUUCUUUGGACUGGCACUCCGGUUGUUACACUGCCGGGAGAGACUUUGGCGUCUAGGGUUGCUGCUAGUCAGCUGCAUACUCUUGGGUGUCCGGAGUUGGUGGCGAGGACUAGGCAGGAGUAUCAGGAUAUUGCUGUUAGAUUGGGCACUGAUAGGGAAUUCUUAAAAGGAAUAAGAGUAAAAGUUUGGAAAGCAAGAUCAGAGAGCCCGCUAUUUGAUUGCAAAAUGUACGCACUGGGAAUGGAGAUGCUGUACAAACGUAUGUGGGAGCGUUAUAGCCGCGGAGAAAAGCCAGAUCACAUUGCAGCUAUUGAUAAAGUAAACGAAAAAUUACAACAAAUAACAGCAACAUAAUUUGUUUGAAUAAUUUAUUAAAAACGAUCUCAAGUUAAAUCAUUUUGUUAAUCCAUUAUUAUCUUUAAAAUAACAGAUUAACUUAAUGUCCUUAGAGACUCCAGCUUCACAUGUAUGUCAAAUAAUUGAAUUUAUUUAUACCAUUAGACAUUGAUUUGAAAUCCAACUGAUUAUAAAUCUCUAUCUCUACUCUAUAAUAAUUUUAUUAAACUGUUAUUAUUAUAUUGAUAUGUAUAAAAUGAGAUAGAGAUAAAGAUAAGACGUGAUAACUGAUAACUAGUGACACUAAUUACAACUCUGUCAAUUAAAAUGUAAAUUUUUAAUCAAGCUAAAUUUAUAUAUAUAUUUUUCUUUAUUUUUGAGGAAUAAGAUGGGAAAAUUUUCAAUAAAUUUAAUAAGUAAUUUGGAUUUUUUUUUUUUUUUUCUUAUAUUUUUGUUGAACGAUGAAUUGAUAAAAAUGAGUUGUAAUAAUUAAAAAAAAAAAAUUGUAAAUAAUUACAAGGUUACUGUUAUAGUUAAGAUUACUUAAUUAAAUACACUAGGUUUAUUUUAUUAUUACUAUUUUAUUAUUUUUUCUUGGGCAUUUAUGAGGAAAAAGUCCUGGAAAAAAUAUUUAUGUGUGACAAGGAUAUUUAAGGGAGUUUAUUAUUAAUGUAGAAAUAGAUUAAAUAUGUUAUGUAUAAUUUAGGUAAUAAAUAUAAGUAUAUAAUAA